GAAGAAGAAGCUCCUGCGUGCAGUUAGCAAGAGGAUAAUAAAUAAACUCUAAAAGCAGCUCGGACUCUGUCUGAAUGCCAAAACCUGAAAGCUGCAGACAUGUCAGCUGAUACCAAGAUUGCUGAGCUGCUCACAGAGCUCCAUCAGCUCAUCAAACAGACCCAGGAGGAGAGGUCACGCAGUGAACAUAAUUUGCUGAACAUUCAGAAAACUCACGAGAGGAUGCAGACAGAAAACAAAACGUCUCCAUACUACCGGACCAAGCUGAGAGGACUGUACACCACAGCCAAAGCAGAUGCUGAGGCAGAGUGUAGCAUUCUGCGACACGCUCUCGAUAAAAUUGCAGAGAUCAAGUCUCUGUUGGAGGAAAGGAGGAUAGCUGCUAAGAUGGCCGGCGUUUACAGCGACAGCGACCCUCCCAGGAAGACGAUGAGGCGCGGCGUCCUGAUGACGCUCCUCCAGCAGUCGGCCAUGACGCUCCCUCUGUGGAUCGGGAAGCCGGGCGAGAGCCCCCCCCCUCUGUGCGGAGCGACUCCAGCCAGCAGCGACUACGUGGCCAAGCAGGGCGACAAGGUGGCGGCGAGGGUGAAAGCUGUGGACGGAGACGAGCAGUGGAUCCUGGCGGAGGUGGUCAGCUACAACCACUCCACCAACAAAUAUGAAGUGGACGACAUUGAUGAAGAAGGCAAAGAGAGACACACUCUGAGCAGACGGCGGAUCAUCCCACUGCCUCAGUGGAAGGCCAAUCCAGAGACGGACCCCGAGGCCCUGUUCAGUAAGGACCAGCUGGUGCUGGCUCUCUACCCUCAGACCACCUGCUUCUACCGGGCCCUGAUCCACACCCCUCCACACAGGCCUCAGGACGACUACUCUGUGCUGUUUGAGGACACAUCGUACGCCGACGGUUACUCUCCGCCACUCAACGUGGCCCAGCGCUACGUGGUCGCCUGCAAGGAGAACAAGAAGAAGCUUGAAGUGACACUGUUUACUAUGAGGGGGUGUUGGACGGGGUCGUGAUGCAGGUAAACAGAGGUGUGUUUGCAUUUGAGGGGGGAAGGCAGAGGAAGGGUAUUUAUGCCGCAGCAGAUCUGAUGAGAUGAACAUACUGAGCAGGGAUGGCUCUCUACAAAGUGAUCUGUGUGGCAGCUCUGUUGACUCUACUGGCAGCAGGUAAGGGUCCUCUUCACCUGCACACACCUGAACCAAUGACAUCUAUACUGAACAAGGUAAAAUACUUUAUUAAGUAAACUUAGCUGUAACACACAGACUGCCUCAAACAAUUGAACUCAAGUAUGAGUAAUAGUCAUGUUCAGGUUUGUGAACAGACUUGACAGAUUUUUAGCACCCAAGCAAGAAAUUGCCCAACAGAGGCCCAACGUUCCUUGGCACUCUAAGUGUGAGGAACCUGUUGUUUUUGUAAAGAUAAUUAUUUGGGCCUCAGCACCAAGUGGUGCAAUGAAAGUGUGAGGAAUGUAUUGUUUUGGUGAGUUUAUUAGGACCCAUAAAAGUUCCAGGGCCCAGCGCCACCUACUGACAACAGGAAGUCAACCUUAUGUGACAAACAUCAUCCAAUUUACAUGGUAUGGUUUACACAUCAUAUACAGCAACAUGACUUACAAUGAGAGGGUGUUCUUUAGCACAGCAUAGUGGACUUAAGAAGUUACAUUAAUUUACUAAACUGUGUCUUUCUUUUAUACAGUCUCCAUACCGAACCCAUUAUCAGAGGACAGCACCCUUAACAUCACAUCGAACAGAACGUUGAGACAAAAGAGAUCCUCCAACAUCGGUG